GAUUAUUUGAUUUCCGGCGUCUUGAACCCAGAUUGUGACCCUGAGCAGUUGUUUAGCUAGGUACUAUCGUUGAAGUUUGAUCGAGGAUUGCAAAUACAUCACAAAUGGACAGUGAAGUGUCAGACUUUGAGCCUGCACCAGGGCUUGAGAGCAGUAUGGAGGGCGAGAAUGCACCAGUGUACUGCAUUUGUCGAAAACCUGACAUCAAUUGCUUCAUGAUUGGUUGUGACAACUGUAAUGAGUGGUUUCAUGGUAACUGCAUCAAUCUCACAGAGAAGAUGGCCAAAGCUAUCAGGCAGUGGUACUGCCUGCGAUGCCGAGACAAAAACCCAUCAUUGGAGAUAAAAUACCGUCCAAAGAAGAGCCGUGAAAAAGAGGCAGAGGGCCAGAGAGAGCCAGAGAGAAGAUUUGAAAGACAGAACAGCACUCCAGAUUAUAAAUCUGAAAGGCGCCGUGGAUCUAAGGUUAAGCGCUCUGCUCGUAUGUGUGGGGAGUGUGAGCCCUGCUUGAGGACUGAGGACUGCGCCACAUGCGACUUCUGCAAGGACAUGAAGAAAUUUGGGGGUCCCAACAAAAUAAGACAGAAGUGUCGAUUUAGGCAGUGUGAUGUCCGAGCCAGGAAAAUGUUGCGUGUAAAGGAUGAAGAGUUUAAUUUGCGUGAAAGGCGGGAUAAUUCCUACCACCGGCGAAGACGAUAUUCAGACGACUACGAUAGUGAGGCAGAACUCUAUGAAAAGUACAAGGCAGCGGGAUACGACGACAACAUGCCAUGGCUCAGUGAUGAGGAUGACGGGCCUCCCUUCAGCCCUGUCCUGCGAAAGAAAGCUGUGAAGGUCAAGCAUGUGAAGAGACGGGAAAAUAAAUUUGACAAGAAAAAAGAGUCACGGCGGCACAAACAGAAGCAGAAGCACAAGGACAAAGUCAGGCACAGCGAUAGGGGCGAUGCCAGGGAUGGAGGAGGGCAGCGACAGUGCCUCGGGCCCAGCUGUGUGGAAGCUGCACGAGCCAACUCCAAAUACUGCUCAGAGGAAUGUGGCAUGAAGCUGGCUACAAACCGGCUCUAUGAGAUCCUCCCUCAACGUAUCCAGCAGUGGCAGCAGAGCCCCUGCAUCGCUGAGGAGCAGGGCAAGAAGCAACUGGAGCGGAUCCGAAGGGAUCAGCAGAAUGCACGCAUGCGUCUCACCGACAUGGAGAAACGCUUCCACGAGCUGGAGGGCAUCAUUGCUAAGGCCAAGCAGCAGGUAGUCCAGCAGGAUGAGGAGACGAAUGAAGGGGACAAUGAGGAAACAGACCUGCUGAUUUUCUGUGUGUCCUGCAGUCACCCUAUCAACCCAAAGGUGGCACUGCGACAUAUGGAGAGGUGUUAUGCUAAGUAUGAGAGCCAGACAUCUUUCGGUUCCAUGUACCCAACAAAGAUCGAAGGAGCAACAAGACUCUUCUGCGACGUGUACAACCCCCAGAGCAAGACCUACUGCAAGAGGCUUCAGGUCUUGUGCCCAGAACAUUCCAGGGACCCAAAGGUCCCAGGGGAUGAGGUGUGCGGCUGUCCUCUGGUCCGUAAUGUGUUUGAGGCAACAGGCGAAUACUGCAGGGUUUCUAAACGCAAAUGUAAUAAGCACUACAACUGGGAGAAGCUCAGGAGAGCUGAGGUGGACCUGGAGCGUGUCAGAGUGUGGUACAAGCUGGACGAGCUCUUUGAGCAGGAGCGCAACGUCAGGACUGCUAUGACCAACAGGGCUGGUCUACUUGCUCUCAUGCUGCACCAAACCAUUCAGCACGACCCCCUGACAACGGAUCUCCGUUGCAACAAGGACAGAUAGCCAGCUGCAUCUUCAUGUUAUUUCUGAGUGGCAUUUUCGUACAUUUAUGUUAGAUUUAUAGUAUAUAUAUUAGAUUUAGAAUAUAAUCCUUUAUCUUUUUUAGAGACUUUGGAUUUUAAGACUUUUGUGCUGAAGUUGAAAAACUGAAAUAUUUGAAUGGUAAAUGAAUAUAUAUUUUCCUUGUGUCCAGCACUAUCGCUGUCUUGUCACUGCUGGUAUCUCGCUCAUUAUAGUCCAAAAAUAAAGACUGCGGUCAAGCUAUCCUGCAAAUGAAAAUCCUCGGUCAAGCCAUCCGCCCUGUAGAAUUUGUGUGCACGCAUGCACUCACAUUAUGGUAGGGCUGACCCCAUUUAGUUGACUGGUUGAUUGUUUGGUAGAUAGGCUGUUGGUCGAGCGAGAUUUCUUUAGUCGAGCUUGUAGCAAAAAUAAUAAUGUAAUUGUGUACAAGACACCUGUCUGAUUCGUGCCUGUCUGGGUGGACUCAUCCAUUGUGGAGGCCGUGGGGAUGGCAUAGUCCCAUCAGUCUAAGAAAUGUGCUACUGAAAUUGUAUAUGGUUAUAUUACAUAAGAACAAUGGUGCAACACUAAUAACAAUUAUAUAUUAUUUUAAAACAAAUGCGCUUUCUCCCGUGUUGGAUAGUGGUCGCUGUCCACGGUUCAGAAAAAUGUCAGUGCGCUCUUGAAUUGGCGCCUUUUCCUAGCCCAUGUUGCUAUGUGCAUAAUAGCAGAGUUAACCAGCAUAUUGGUGUUGAGAACAAUGCAGUGGAGGCAGCCCUUGCCUUAAUUGUCUAAAGAAAAGUGAGGAGAAAGGGAAACUCAACUUAAUUAGGUCUAAUCAGUAGCCUAACUGUUAAAUGUGCCUGGCUUUAUAAAUCAAUAUAUCUACAGAAAUA